UUUUCUUUGCUUUUCCAGUUAACAGGGUUAGUGAGCAUUUAUGUGCCUGCUAUAUGUUCCACGUUCUGCUCACCUUGUAGGCCUUGUAAACUAAAUGCAACAGAUUUAUAUGAAAAAGACUGCGACUUUUAUAUAUCCUUCUGUGAGCACGGAAACUGAUUUCACGCCAAGGACCCGCCCCGGACAAGCUCUCUCUGGGGAGGACGACUCAGACGAUGGAAUCGAAGAUAGAGGAGAAAAUGUACAAGGAUUUUCCCCCAAUGACAUGAUCGCAACCAUCCCUAAGUUUCCUGAUGUAUGGAACAACAGCUUAAUGAAUUCUGUGCUGCAGUCUGUUGUGCACGCUCAGAACUUGAGUGAUAGCGGACUCAACGAGUUUUUUAGAGCUUCGUCAGCAACACCUGCGUUAAGAAUGAUCAUUUCAACAGCCAUUAAUGUACCAGGGAAACGUUUUAGUUCGUUUGAAAUCGUCAGGGCUCUGAGAGAAAUAAGGGCAAACAUACCAUCAACGUGCCUGGAAAGGAGAGACAUGGCUGACUUGUUAAAACAUAUCAUGCUUUGGAUGAAUAGAUGUCAGGUUUUAUCAACUUUGCUGGAUGUUACGGUUUUCACAACAUGUCAAAACUGCCAGUCAAGGAAAAGCACAGCUACAGAGCUGGGUCCCGUGGGUAUCCUUCCACCUCCAAGUGAUGUUGAUAAUGUACAAAAUCUUAUCAUCAAAUUACAGAAUAAUGUCCAUUGUGGGGAAAGAUGCGAGACAUGUAAGUUGAAAUUAAAUAAAAUGUUCUCAUUUAAUUCUCCUGAGGUCAUAGUACUGGUUUUACCUCGGUCAGCUGAUGAGACAAUUUUAAGACAGUCUGUGACUCCAAAUAAAAAAGUCUACAUUCCUGGAAUAAGUGGAAAACAGAAAUACAAUCUCAGCUCAGUCAUCUGCCACAAACCCUCACAAUCCCAUCCUUAUCAGUUUUAUACAUAUUUGUUUUAUCCAGGAAUGUUUUUCAAAGCUGACAAUCUGACAAUAUCUGUGGGAAACAGAGUAGAAGAUGCCAGAGAUAUUUCUCGAAAUGGGAUAAUUUACGUAUAUAAGAAGAAUACAGAUGCCAUGAGAGAUGAACCCGUGGAGCAAGAGAGACACACGAACGGACAUGAAGAAGUUCUUGCAGAGCAAGCACAUAGUUCUGAACAAGAUUCUCCCAGUUAUCUGAAUAAUAACACGGCUGAUGUAACAGGUAACACUGAGGAGCAGGAGAUAAACAUCAAUAGACAGGAAGAAACUGUUACUGAUGAAGAAUUGUGGCAAGAUGCUGGUCAUGAUAUAACCAGUGAAAGACCUGCUGAUCCUUCUGACAGCACUUCCAUGCCAAGGACCCCACCUGGACAAGCUAUUUCUGGGGAAGACGAAUCAGAUGAUGAAAUGGAAGACAAAGAAGAGAUUGUAAAAGAUUUCCUAAAAGCAUUAAUUUGUUUUCUCUUUGCUUUUUGCCUUUUUUUUUCAUUAUGUUAUUGUUAUGAUCAUUAUUUCAAAUGGGACUAUGUGCAAUUUAAAACAAAUAUGUUCCCAUCUUGUCAAGGUGCUGCAGAGGUGAGGACCCAAUAACAUGGCAAAGGAGAGCUGAAACCAUGGAGUAUAAAUACAGGAGGAACUAAUAAGAAACACGUAAAGUGAAUGAAAAAAUCAAACCAGGUGAGCUGAUGAACACGAAGCAAAACAGAGUACAUUACACAAAAGGAAUGAACAGGAAACCAAACAAUGCAAUGAACCCAUCGGACAGCAAAACCAGACCAAAACACAGAACAUGAAAGCCUUCCACAUAAAGAAAAG